GGGACUUAGCCUCCAUCAGAACAAAGGUCAAUGCAGAGCUUGAAAGGAUUGACAAAGCAGGACCUCAGGUAGAUGGAGAUGAAUCCUAAAUUUUAUCUAUCUCUGAUUAUGUAAUUAACUAUCUGAUAAUAAGAUUUCAUCUCUGCCUCUAGUUUGCAUGGCAUCUUAAAUUAUCUGUUCUUAUUUACUUUCUGUGAAUUCUUUGUGCUUGCUCUAGUUCUUUCUGUCCUUUAAUUGCUAUCUGAUUGUACUUUACUCUCACUAUUUUCCUAUGCCAAGUUGCCCUCCAAGAUUUUAAUGAAAGUUUUUAAACUUUAAUUCUUUAUGGUGAAGGCACUUCUCUGGAAAUAGUUAAAGGGUUUUGGCAUCAUCAAAAAGGGGGAAAUUGUAAGGAAUAUAUGUAAUUAGAUUUUGAUGAUGCUAGGUUGAUUAGCAUUUGAAAGUACCCCAAUAGAAAUUUUGUAUUAGAAUUUGUCUUUGUAAGUUCUAGAAUAGUCGACUGUCAGAAACCCUCUUGAUCCUUCUUAUCAGAAUUCCUACCAGAGAUGCUCUCAGAGUUGCUCUCCAGAGAAGUCAUCAGAAUUGGAUACUAGAAUUGGCAUCAGAAUCUGCCAACAGAGUUCUGAUCAGAAAACCUCAUCAGACAAGCUCGCGCCUUGCAGAACUCUAAGACACUUAACAACGGUCGUUAAACUAACGGGAAAUCCCCUAACGGCUACGAACCUUUCAACGGAAACAUGGUACUGUACAUGCAUUAAAUGCUCAAUUAAUGUUGUACGUACGAAGAUAUAUUUAAAGCUGAUGAUUGACCAUGCGAGUAUCUUCGCGCCCCCAAAAUAGCAAGUCGAAGGUCCAACCGGUCAAGUCAACAGUACAAGCAUUUAAUGAAGCUGUCUUCUACACUCCAACGGGAAGACUGCUCCCAGUAUAUAAGAUACACUCUGAAGAACUACGAGGAUAACUUUGCUACUACAAUUACCUUACGAACUUGCUCAGAUUACUCUACUCUAAUACCUCCAAUCUUUCUUGAGAUAAAAAGACUUACUCACCUCAACAAGAAAAGCUCAAGUUGGAAGAUAUACUGUCAUAUUCCUCAUCCAACUAGCAAGUUGCAAAGUUCCUCAGUUCUUCAACACUUCGAAAACCUCAUCUACACAUCCUUUGUAAAGAAGCAACGUUGGAGAAAACUGAUCUUGAUUCAAACACUUCUUGAAAAAGAAGGGACGUCUCAAACUAACUGGAGUAAAGUGAAGUGGUGAUACUUCCUAGAGACUCAGUGAAACGAGACCAGCCAUCAGGAAGCAGGACUGCAUCCCGGGUGGCAACUAGGCUUGAAGAAGACGUGGAGAGCUUCUUAAGCUCUAGGGACUAAGGCGUUGUAAACUGUUGUUUUUGCAAGCUUAGUGAAACAGUGGACUAGAGGAACAAGUUGUUCCUUGAACCACUAUAAAAAUCCCCGGUGUCAUUUACUUACUUACUUUAUUUCUGCACUUAAGAACUUAACUGCUUGACUCAAAAGGUUGGACUCUGUGUUCAGCAGAUCUUCCUUAAGAGUUAUCAGAAAGGCAUUUGCCUUAGUGUUGUCUGAGGCUACCCGGAUAGAACCUAAUCCGCUGCCAGGUCCAGUUCUGCCAUCAGAACUCGACCUUCUCUGUCACCAGAUUUCGACCAUCUCUGAUAAGUCAGUUUUGACUUAGAGAAAAGUUUAAAUUCCUGAACAGUCUAUUCACCCCCCCCCCCUCUAGACUGUUCCCAUUACAAACGGGACCAACACCGACUCUAGAGAGCGGGGUUGGAUAGCAUGGAUUUGCAUCGUGAUCACGGGUUAGGGUGGAAUCCGAAUCGGAGACCUAACUAGGCUCCGGUAGCGGUAACACAUUAGAUAGGACCCCGAAGGGACUUACCUUCCUACGAGAUGAAGGGUAUGAGUCCAGGGGCGGGAUGUUAAAAUCCGAACUGAGAGCCUCAUGAGGUCUCCGACAGCGGUAGCAAAUCCCGUAGAAAUAAUAAGAACCACGGGUUGGGUUGUACAAUUGAUAAAUGCAAGGAAAUAUAUAAGAAGGGCCGUGUGCC